AUGGCUUCUUCGGACUCGAAGGGCUUCUUCUUCUUCGCGAACUCUGACCCUCCUCCAAUUCGAGCUCCUCUUACGCUCGAAGUCGAUGAUUCUGAAGCCGAUGUUUCAAGUAAUGCUACUCUUUCUCAAUCUGGUUACACCUCCCAAGAAGAACAAGAACGAGAAGAAGAAGAAGAAGAGUGUGUUGAAGAUGAUGAGUGUGUGGAGCUAUCUCCCAUGCACGCUGCGCCUUUGCGUGUUACUCCCGUUGCUCAUUUGUCUACUUUCAAUGACGACGACGACGAAGAAGAAGAAGAAGAAGAAAACCAAGAGCCUUCUACUUUUGCAAACUCGUUACCGGUAAGUCAAUCAUUGCUUGCAAAUGAUUUCGAAUCUUUCAGUGGUAGUGACGAGGAACUGUAUGUGGAUGAUGAGCAUGAUCGGGACCAAGUUCUUGGAAUUAGGGUCGCUUGUGAUGAACACUCGGUCUCUAGUGCAACGCAUUCAGAUGUUAUGUCGCAGCAUUCACAAGACGAGCAAUUUGGCAUGGCAAGAGUGGUGUUCGAUGAAUUGGAGAAUGUUAAGUUGAUUGGGGCUGAGGCUGAGGCGGAUACUAUAAUGCAAGGGGAGUUGCGGGAAGGAACUUCGAUUGGGGUUGGUGACAACAGCUUAUUGAAGUCCAGUGUUGAGGAUUGUGAAGAUUAUAACAACAGCAUAAUGCAAGAACAGGAUAUAAAUUUCAAUGAUCUACCAGAACUUACUUCCCAAGUACAUUGCAUGGCUGGUGAACCUGUAUCUGAAGCUUUUGCGGAAAAUGUUGAGUAUAGUACACCAACUCAAACCACGGAAGCUAAUGCGGAUGGAGGUGGAGAUGCUGAUCAAGGGAGUGAAUUUGAGAAUCUGGUAAGUAUAACUACAACUGUGGUAAACUCAAAUGCUGAAUUUCAUGAUUCUUCUGCUACUUUUCAAUCCAAUUAUGGUGUGUACGGAGGUAACAAAAUUCGUGGUGUUGAAUCUUCUGAACUUUUUGAUCCCACACUUAUUUCACAAUGUUAUUUGGAAAAGGAUUUGUCUAAAACCAUGUUAGGGGUUAGUACAGAAGAUGAGCUGCUUUGUGGUUACCAUUCACAUGAAAAUGUGGAAAAACUUGACCUGGGAUACCCUCCAAAAGAAGAGGGUACCCUUGAGUUAAACUCGGCAUGUCAAGAAUCAGAAAGUGAAAGUUGUGCUUCAGAUGGAGAUGCGGAAGGGAUUAUGUCAGAUGGCCUUGAGCAGUUCAAGGAACAAAUUUCAGCUCUCUCUAUUCUUUUGGGUUCAAAAGGUUCUGGUAAGGAUUCUCGAGAAAUACGGGUCAUCAGGAGUUCACAUGGAAUGAUGAACUUACCAAAGGAUGAUGCAAAAGUCCGAUCAAACUAUGCCGAUGGUGAUGCUGAAUCGGAUGGCAGCUCAGGUACAGUCACCUCCGCCGAUGAAUCCAGUGUUAUCUUUCUCGAAGUUCCGGAUAGUUUCAGCUCCUUACCUUAUAACAAUGCUCGAGCUGCUUUCCAACACAACAUAACUGAGAAAGAAAAGGAAAAAAUACAGAAAAUGCAAACCAUAAGUGUAAAAUUCUUGAGGCUUGUCCAGCGAGUAAAUAUAUCUCUUGAAGAUUCUUUUGUUUCUAAAGUUUUGUGCAGGUUAGUUGCAGAUAUUGAAAGGCGCUUGAAUCAGGAAUUUGUCAUAAGAUCAGCAAAAACAUUAGCGAGGAAGCUUGAAGAAAAUUGUCUGCAUGAUUUAGACUUCUCUUUGAACAUUCUACUUCUUGGGAAAAGUGGGGUGGGAAAGAGUGCAACCAUAAAUUCUAUUUUUGGUGAAAUGAAGGUCGUGACAAAUGCAUUUGAAUCUGCCACAACUUCUAUAAAAGAGGUUUGUGGAACUAUCGAUGGAAUCAAGAUCAGAAUCUUUGACACACCUGGUCUGAAGUCCUCUAUGAAGGAGCAAGCUUACAACAGAAAGAUAUUGUCGUCUAUAGAGAGGUAUAUUAAAAAGUUUCCUCCAGAUGUCACUCUUUAUGUUGAUCGAGUAGAUGCCCAAACCAGAGACCUAAAUGAUUUACCUAUAUUGAGGUCCAUCACAAGUUCGCUCAGUCCCUCAAUAUGGCAACAUGCAAUUCUUGCUCUGACACAUGCUGCUUCUGUUCCUUUUGAUGGACCAUCAGGAUCCCCUUUGAGCUAUGAAGUAUUUGUUGCUCAAAAAUCCUUUCUUGUUCAACAGUCAAUUACUCAAGCUGUACGUAAUCUGUGUCAAUUGAGUCCAAGUUUCAUGUGUCCAGUGGCUCUUGUUGAAAACCAGACAUUAUGUGAAAAGAAUAUGUCAGGGGACUGUGUGCUUCCCAAUGGACUUAGAUGGAGAAGCCAAUUAUUGGCUUUGUGUUUCUCUCUGAAGAUCCUGUCUGAAGUAUCCUCUGUUUCAAGACCUCAAACGCUCUUCGAUCAUUGGAAGCAUUUCUUCUUCCAGGACCAUUCCCAGCCUCUGUGCCAUGUAAUUUCUUCGUUGUUGCAGUCUCCUGCUCAUCUAAAAUUUUCUGCCAAUUGGAAUUGA